GUCUUCACCAUCGAUGAUAUGGCAUCGACAAAAGCAUCAACGAGUAAGGCGGUGAAUGAGGUAAUAACGGAUGAAGAUGAUGAUGGGACUCAAUUGACAUAUAAUGAAACGAUAGAUGCAUUAUGCGGAUUCAUCAAAACAGCCGUUCAUACCAUCCUUUGUCAUCGUCAAGUGUAUCCUGCAAAUGUGUUCGCGAGAAGGCAGAGGUAUAGGGUACCAGUCUGGUCAUCAAGACAUCCAGGAUUGAAUGCAUAUAUAGAUGAUGUCCUGUCAGCUGUUAAAGUACAACUGCAAAGGAAUCUGGUGAAAUCCGUUCAUGUGGUCAUCAACUCUGUGGCAAGUGGGGAUAUUUUGGAAAGGUACAGAUUUGAUGUUGACUUUAUCUUGUCAAAUGUGCCAAUGCGAGAUCGAGAUUUCAGUAUACCCGGCAAUAUGAACGCACAUACGAUCGAAUUGCAAUUGAGAGCAUUCAUGAUGAAAUUAGUCUCUUUGGACGGAGCAUUAUACGAUCUUGACGAUCCCGAUGAUCUUACAUGGGCAAUGGUUUUGGAUAUGAAAGAAGGAUGUCAACCGCAUACAGAUGAUGCAAAAGGCAAUGAGCCAGCACAAGGAGCUUGGGUGCCUUUUGAUGAAAGCAGGCAUCUAGGUGCGGAGUCUAAUGAGGACAACAAUCAAUCAUCUUCGAAUGAAUCUGGAUCCAGACCAUCGUACUUGCGCGCCAAACGAUUAGCAAAGGAUUCCGAGGAUGAUGUACAAAUCGUUCCAGUGAAAAGUCUAGAUACGGGAGUGAUUAAUUUGAUGCUUUACGUGGAAGAGCAUCCGACGGCAAAAAGACAAUCGAAAACAAAGCCUUCUACCGCACAGAAAAGUACCGAAACACAAAGACGAAGAAGGAGAAGAUCAGAAGACCAGAGCAAAGAUGCAGAAGCGUUGGAGGAUUCAGUGCGAGCAGGUGAAAGAGAUUUAGAUGAACCUUUACCAAGACCAAGUUCAAGUGGAGCAGCAAUUUCAAAAGCAAGUAAAGCAAAACGAAAGAAAGCCGUUACUGGGGAAACAACUGAAGGUGAUCAAAAUGCAGAAGAUGCUAGCGAACCAAGUGAAGGUUCCAAUAGUGAUGAUGUUGGAGGAAGUAGCGGCAGUGAAGAUAGUAUUAGAAGCGUUAAUGAUUUUGCCGGAUAUGGGAAAGGUCCGGGAGGGGUAGGGAUGAGUGGAGUGGGAAUGUAGAGUGUAGAGUGUAUCAUAGUAUUGUCAAUAGUAGCCUUGAUGGACCGACCAUCUUUAAUGGUUAGAUUAGCCUUUUACUCGGUGCUUUUCGGUGAUGUUCGGUUGUGCAGAUUGAU